GUUCGGACAUCGAUACGCGACGCUUGAAAACGCAGUCCGCGAGCUCUCUUGUAGCUCGCGACGUGAGUGAACGCCGAAGCCUCGCUAAUAUGUAAGUAAACCGGUGUAUUCGUCAUGCCUGCCUGCCGCAACGUGCUCCCUCUGGCUCUCACAUCACCCGGUGCCCUUCACAGUCCCGGUCGUCCCGGUUCCCACAACUGGUUGGCAGCGGUGUGGGAUGGCCUCAAGCGUCUUCGACGGUGGAGAGCGGAGAUUGCCCAGGCAGCUUUCACGGGCGAAUCGGAGAGCGUCAGCAACAAAGACAGAGGGAGGGUCUUCCCCUUUCACAGAGCCGGGUUGGACUGGCAACCAUGGAAGACACGCCACGUGGGAAGGACGAACAUCGGCGUCUCUUCUGCCAUCAAUCUACUUGCAACCACAGAAACAAUAACACCAGAUUGUGCCGAGCCAAAACAGGGGGACAGAGUGGAGAGGCUUUCCGGCGGGAACAGCAAAGGCGACCUCACUCGUCGCAGCAACUGGCCAAGCACGCACCAGCGGAAAAUGUACCAAAGUCCGUACGAGCACCGGUGUCGAUACUGUUCUUUCUCUAGCGGUGACGCUUGCGACGUUGCCGCUCACGAGUGGACCCACAGGAAAGAAAAGCCGUUCAGGUGCAGCAUGUGUGACAGCACAUUUACUCAGAAAUCGAGCUUGGCGUAUCACGAAAGGCUUCACACGGGUGAACGGCCUUUCAAGUGCCAGACGUGCGGGAGAGCGUUUAUAUCGAGGAGAGACCUGGUGCGUCACGAGAGGGUCCACACUGGCGAGAAGCCGUUCAAGUGUGACUCCUGCCCGAGAGCAUUUUCGGAUAAGAGUAAUUUGAUCGCGCAUCAGAGGAGACAUCAGAUGUGAACGACCUUCGUUACGUACGUCACAGCUGUAGGAAAGAUUUCAACGACACUCGCUUCAAGCUCCAGCAUGUAUUUACUUUGCUAUCCGAUUGACUUGUAGGGGUUAGAUUUACGAGCAGUGUAGGGUUUGCAUGGUAUUAAUACUUUUGUGUGUUUGUCUCUUUGUAUAUAUUCACAAAUUAAACUGUGAGUAUAGCCUAGAAGAAAUGGCCAGUGUAAUCUUUGUAUAUGACAUGUGAAAGAGGUCCUCGACUAGUUCUAUAGCGUAAAGAAGGGGGAGGGUUGGGGGGAGGAGGGGACAUUGGCCAAGCCGGGAUUUUUGUUUGGGGGGGGGGGGGGGGCCUUGAGACCCUAUAAAUAAGCCUUCCCCCCCCCCCCCCCCCCCUCUGGCUAUGCCACUAGGGGGAGUGAGAGGCAACAUGGUGAUGCACGCACAAAUGUCAAAGACGGGGACCUUCAUGUGUCAUUAUGUGAAAGGGCAUCGCCUUGUGAAGAUUUGAACCUGCGUACUCGAGUGGUUGUGACCGCGGGUGCGAGCACAUUAGCGAUUUCAGCGUGGAUCGCAGACCAGAACAAAGAGCAGGCAUCAAUCCUGCAUCAAACUCGGAAAAUCUGAAACAGGGAACUUUGAAAUCAUUCUGCCAGCUUAUGGCAAAAAAGUGGUGAAUCAUGUGAGGUGUGAGUGGCACUCGCACUCGAAGGAUGACAGAACAUUGCUGGAUGACGAAGGGAGAUUGGGGAAAGUCGCCGCUACCCCUCUUUGUCUUCGAGCGUUGUUUUGUCACUCGUGAAGUGCGUAUGCCAUUCAAAACACCUCGCGUGACCUGCUUUUUUGCGGUGAGCCUGCCAAAUCAUUUUAAAGGUCUCUAGGUUAGCCAUGUUUGACACGGAAUUGAUGCUCACUUUUCGUUCUGGUUUGCAGUCCGUGCUGAAAUCAUCGACGUGCUCGUGCAUAUGGUCAAGAAAUUUGUGUAGCGCAGCUUCGAACGUCCACAGAAUGACGCCUUUUGGCAUAAUCACAUAUGGAGGCCCCCGCCUUCGAUAGCUGCGCGUGAAUCACUGUGCUCCCCUCCCCUUUCCCGCCACAAGGCUAGUCCCGGACCUUUUUGGUCGCACCUCCUACAAAAAACAAAAGGACUAAAGGCAUAAUAACGUUUUUACUUUUUAUAUAUUUUUUUUAUUUAAAUCCAAUGGUAAUCAUGUGCUGCACAUGGAGUCUCUAGAUUGUCUGUAGUGUUAUUUUUGUUGCUCACAUCUUGGCAUCCAUUUUCUGAACCACGGAAAACAAACUUGAAGCAAUAAAAUUAUUAAGAGACAUAAGACACACAGUCCUUUCAAUGGCUACAACCUUCAAUAAUGUAAAAAUCAAAAAAUAAAAGAAUGAAGAUAGGAAGAAAAAAUGAUGGGACAACAGAACCAUAAAAUACCGAGAUAAAAUCAUUGUUAUUGAAAAUUAAUGAGCAAACCAAACAGAAAAUUGGUAUGUUGCACACAAGAUUGGGGCUGCUUUACAAGACUAAGAACUAAGUAUGAAACAUUCAUUCCGUCUUCCCAUUCUUAAAUUUCCUCCUUUUUUUUUUUAUCGGUUUAAGUUGCUAAAUUUUGGUAACAUUGUUUAACAUGCUUCCUACUGGAAAGACUCGUGGAUGUCUGUAUUCCACCUGUAUGUUUAUGUUGUGUUUUUUUGCAUCUUCAUGAAGACGAUCCUUGGUCAUUGAAUAUCUUGAAAUUAUUAUUACUUUAGAUUUGGUAUUCAUUGAGUUUUACUUGCACUCAUCAGGCCUGCAUUUAUUCAGAUUUCCUCAGCAGACUAAGAAUAAAUUUUUGGUUUCAAUAGAGACAUAAUUGACUCUGAGUAUAUUCGUAUAUGCAUGUCCCACAUGUAUAUGAUCUCUCUAAAUGUGUUCUCUCUGGCUGAAUAGUGGUUGUCGCACUUGUUUGAUGCGCCAAAGUUGCUACAGGUAAAGUUGCAUCUCUAAAUGUAUGAAAUAUUUCUUUUGACAUAUGUUUGCUUUAUCGGUUGCUAAACUUAGCAGCUCCCAUAAAACAGCAAGUUGUCUGUGUAGAUUCUAAUGUUGCAUUCAAGCAUGCCUUAAAUUUUUUUUUUUUAUUUCUAAUGUAUUGUUUUAUUAUAUUUUGUGUGGAGCUUUAAGAACUGCGCAGUUGUCCUAUGCGACCCAUUUGACGGGGGUAAGCACCAUAGGAGGUGAAUUCUAAUUCAGUCAAUUUGAAGAAAGCUUGUAUCAGUCAGAUUGUGCAUGUGUUUCUUUGCAUUGUUUUGUGGUUAUGUCUUGUGUGGCAUUUUCUUUCUCUGUCUCCUUUUGUAAUACUUGGGAGUCGGGGCCGUUACUGUACAUAACUCGAUUAAUAAUUGAAAAUAAAUCCGUAUCAACUGGCUUCACAGUAAA